AUGGCCGCCAUCUCACCCGUGGCGGACCCUCUCACUGUCCUACCACCAGAAAUUGUCCUGCAAAUAUUACACUUCACCCCGGUAUCCGCGCUUGCGUCCCUGACCGCGGCCUCUAAGGCUUGGCAUCAAUUUAUCGACGUCACUCACCAAGAAGCUAUUUACACAUCCGAAGCUAAAACCACGCAGCCGCUUGGAGGCAGCCGCGAUCUCUCCUUCCUCUCUGAUACCCACAGCUUUGCCAAAGUAUUCGAGGGCACGGAAUCAUGGAAAGACCUGUGUAAGCGCCAAACACUUCUGGCCCGCAAUUGGGCCGAGCCGCAUCCAGUCAGCCAGGAAUCGGUGCUACAAAUCGGUAAUGACCACGUUUGGCGAUUCCGUGCCGAUUUUAAGCGCCGCUUUUUCAUUUCCACUUCCCAUGCUGGCGGGAUGAACGUCACUGAUAUGGACACGGGCCGUAUCCUCUGGCAACUCCCGUCGGUGUCCAGCACCGAAAAAGAUGGAGUUCGCCCGCACGCACACUUGGAAUAUCAGGAUGGAAUGGCUGUGUUUGAUAGUGAAGGAGAUUCGCUCGAGGUUUGGCAGACAGAUCUUGAAGGCGCAAAGCGUGGAGAGUUCCGGCGCAUCGCUAUCCUGAAUCAUGAUUGCCAGACGAGAGGAUUCCAAUUAUCCUACUGGACUCUCUGUGUUGUUUCCAACGAGGGUCGGGGCUUUGUGUACGAUAUGACACAGCGACCUCCUAAGUUGACUACACGCUUGAAGAUUGAGGGGGGUGGCAUUGGCCACUUGGACCAAAGCGAAGACAUUGUGAUCUAUUCGAUGGGAGCAAAAGGCUAUUUUGCCUACAACAAGGAGUCUGGUGCUUUCUUGGGUAUUUUGAAGCCGUCGAAGUCGACGGAAAAAUAUCACAUCCUUCCUCCCAAAGCUGCCUCUGCUUCUACUAGUGCAGCACUAACAGGCGCUGCGCAACUUGGCCCAAGACCUCAACCCCUCCCACCCGGGGCAUUCCAAAAGGAUCGUUUGGUACCAAUCGAGGUCGCCAAAGGCCCGCUGUCACCACCAGAUGACCCAGAUCACGUCUGGCAUGGGGAGGAUGAAUGGGGAGCAGGAAUGUUGAACGGCGAUCUCUUCGUGGGCUUCUCUCGCGCUGGUCGUGUAUUUAUAUGCCCUGAUUUCCGCAAGGCUCUCCGUGACGAAGCUAGUCUCGCGGCGAGCAGCUCCAUAUUGGAAUGCGAAUCCGACGGUUCUAGUUUUGACAUGGGUGGCUGGUUAUCAAUCCGCAACCACCGUGUGAUGUUCGAAAUUCAAGAUCGGAUAUAUGUCGUCGCCCUUGAUGACAACAAUAGGGUUCAAACUUUGGAGAGUCCCGCCCGUGCUUCGUAUUCGUUGCUCACCAGCUCCGCGCCGCAGCUUGCUGUGCCAGUCAGUUACAUGGCGUUGGCUGAUGAUGCUAUUAUGACUACCUACACCACCCUUGGCUGGCGUGACCCCAACAUUCCAGGUGGCACACCUCCACCGCAAGGCAGAGGUAUUCCUCGAAUCUUUCCUAUAAAAGUCAUUCGUAUCCUCAGCCUGGCCCCUAACCUCUCUGACAAAUCCUCCUCUGCCUCUGGUGACACGGACCAGCCCUCAGCGGUGGAUGGUCUUGGUGGCCCCGCCCUAACUUUGCAAUCCGAAGGCACCUGGCAUCCACAGGACAGCUUGUUGCAGCUGAUUGCUAUGCUUGGCGAAGAUGCAGAUCUUGAGCAGAGCGAUAGUGAAGAUGAAUGGGAGAGCAUGGAUGAGGUUGAGGAUGAAGAGGAAGAAGAGAUUUAG